GGGUAGUGAUUUAGAACUUUAAAUUUGAUAUAUGAUUUGAAGCAAUCUUAAAUAUUGAAAGAAAACCUUUUUUUUUCUAUUAGAUUGAAAUGGAUGUUUUUUUCUUCAUAAAAAUGAAAUUGGGAUCAAGUUUAUAUAAAGCAAUAUUUUGAUAUGGUACAACAGAUUGUGCGGUGAAACUUAACGAUUAUUUCCAUUUGUAUAUUGUCUGUUUUUGCAUUCUAAACGAUCUGUCAAAUUUGCCAAUAAAUUACAUUUAAUGAUUGCAAUUUUACUAACACAUAUCCCGCUCUUUGUAAUCGCAUUCUUAUGACUUUUCAUUCUAACACCAGUUUCGAUUACUGUUUUGUUGCUCAUUUCAUAUUCAUAUUGUCAAUCCAUUUACUUCAUGCGGUCGAAUGACAGUUGGAAAGCGUAGUUAAAGGGGAACAUUGACAAGUGCUUUGAUUUAGUGAAGACAACAAUUUCAAUUUACUUGGAGGAAAAUACAAAAAGUUGAAGUAUUGAACGAAUCGUUCGUUUUGAAAUAGUUAUUUUGAGUGAAAACUUUCGUUGACACCGCUUUUGUUUUGAUGAACAAACGUCACGUUUAAUUGAACCAUUGAUUAUCCAUAUCCACAAUGAGUUCCGAAUCACCAAACAAAGCCAUAACUGAAGCCACGAACCAAACGCCAGAUGAUGAUGCCAAACAAAACGAUGAUCAACUGCCUGUUGCAGCUCCAGUGGCCCAAGAAAAUCGGUCCGGAAUUUUCAAGCUCGAUGUUGACUGCUGCGAAGAAAUAUUCGAGUGGUUGUCUAUCAAAGAUCUGUACUCGUUCGGUCAAACGUGCAAACGCAUGAAUCGAAUCGCUGGCAUGUAUUUCCGUCAGAAUUAUCCAAUGGCCGAAAUCACAAACAGACCUAAUGGCAUUCAUCACAAUUCCACUCGACUACAUGGUUUCAGUGAAUAUGUUGAAAAUGUCACCAUCUCUUCGGCUUUUGAAAAUAGCGAAUUGGAAUACAUUGAAACAAACUUUAAAUCAUUGAAGAAAAUUACAUUUUGGUCAUCUUCAUUGUCCAUUUCAAACAUUAUUCUUCUGAUUGGUGAUGUCCCUGCUAAGGUCGAGAGCUUAUUAAUUUACGGCAAUUGUCCUGACGAAAAUUUUUUUGACUUGUGUCCAAAUUUGACGCAGCUCACAGUCAAUUGGAGAAACACUGAUUGGCUGUUCAAACUUAACAAGUGUCCAAAGCUCGAACACAUCAAUUUGGAUAAAAUUGAUGGAUGGGUGGUGAAUGUGGAGGCAUUUUUCAACCAAAUCCCGAAUAUUCGUACGAUUAAAGUUUCUACGCAAUUCCUUUCAGCUAACAAAGACCAGUUGUUAAGUUCCAACGUAAAAUUGGAUAAUUUGAUCAUUAAUAUGUGGUGCAACGAGAAAGAUACAUCAAUCUGCGCUAUUUUGAACAAGCUUCACGAUUGUGGCUUCUACAAGCGGUUGCACUUUCAUUUUACGUAUUUCGCUCCUUUGAAUCAACAAUGGAUUGAUCGAAUGGCUUCAUUGCGGGCACUCGAAACUCUUGGAAUCAGUGAAGUAGACGAAGGUGUCGUUUGGCCAGUCAUGCACGUGAAGAAAAUGUAUAUAUUUGAUUUGUAUCAGUUAGAUUUAACCACACUGCCAUCUAAACUACCAAAUCUGCAACGGCUUCGUUUACGCGACAAAUCCAUUGGAGCGAUUAUGCCUUUCGUUCGAUGCUCAAAGCAUUUAUCGAGCAUCAUUAUGGGGCACUCAAACUUCUCACCACCAAACGAUGACAUUCUCGAUCUAUCGACAUUGAACAAGAAACGUGCGAAAUUGGACGGAGCAUACAAAGUGACGAUUUAUGUGCCUGAAGGAGUAUUUCUGGAAACGAAGGAGAAGAAUCGCACGAGUCGAAGUUUAGUCCAAAUUAAACGGAAGGAAUCGUUCAAAAUGAAUGUAUGGAAUUAUUGGUAUCUCGACUAAGCAGUCAGCAGUCCAGAAAGAAAUAACAUCAACAGUCUGCGUACAAGUACAGCUGCUGCCAGCUGUGAUGAUUCAAACUGAUAUUUUGUAAAACAAAAGACACAAGAUAGAAACAGAUAAAGCGAAGCAAGUUCAUGUUGAAAUUUCAUGUAGUUUUUUUUUCAACAAAAGUGUGUUUGGUAAUCUUGAUUAGAUGGAAAUUAGUAAUUAGAGGAGGUAAUUGAACAGGGAAAUUCAAGUUUCUAUGCAAUUCACAUCCGAUUGAUGAAAAGGUAAUGUAUUGCUGAUAUAUAUGUAUAAAAAUUUCGAAGAUAAAAUUACUAUUGAUUUUAAGGUUCACUACUUUGCUAUUUUCAAUAACUUCAAAGUUAAUUUCCUUCAAAGCAGUAUACUUAUUGUAAAUUCACAGUACACUGCUUGCAGCAUGCUUUUAAGAAAAGGAAAUUUCGCCACUAAUUGUUCAAUAUACUAAAUCAUCGAUGUAAAUAGAAAAUGAAAAUUUGAUUCAUUCUCAACUUUUGAAAACGUCUGAUUCAUUAUCGAAUAUCUCUAUUUUCAUGUCUUCACAUUCUCAUUCUGAAAAUUCGACAAAAGUCACAAAGGCACCUUCAACAGACUAGUACGAUUUUUUGGCCAACAUAAUAUUCCACUUGCUCAAUGGCAACGUAUUUUGACUCAAUCAAAGCCAUGGUUCAUUUUGCACUGUUGAAACCAUAGAUACAAAGAACGUAUUCCACCGCAAGCAACUUCACAACAAUUUCCAGCCACGACUAACCCAAAUGUUAUCUAUUCCGGCCCAUAUUCGGAUCCCGGAUAUUUACAAAUGGCUUUGGGCGCUUAUCUAACACCAUCGUCCUCUGUUUACAAAAGUGUUGAUCCAUACUUUCUAUCACAAGCGGGUCUUUUCAGUGGAGCUAACUUCUUCCCCGGCGGUGGUUGUUCGGCCGAUAUUGCUCUUGGACUUGGAAUGAAUGUGAAUGCUUUACGACAUUGCCGUCGAAGGAAGGCUCGAACUGUGUUUAGCGAUCCACAAUUGACUGGACUGGAGAAGCGGUUUGAAAAUCAAAGAUAUUUGUCUACGCCAGAACGUGUUGAAUUAGCGGCAGCCCUUGGAUUGAGUGAAACCCAAGUAAAAACUUGGUUCCAAAAUCGACGAAUGAAGCACAAAAAGCAAUUGAGAAGGCGUGAUAUAAGUUCAGCGGAACCAGUUGAUUUCUCCCGCAAUGAGGCCGGCAAAAGUACACCGAAUGCAUCAGACAAUGGCAAACGUGGUCCAGCCGAUGAAUCGGAGCGUGCAUUCUCGCUUUACUCAUCGAUGGGUGUAAAAUCGUUAAAAGCACAGUCAUCCAUUCAAAUGUUGCGCAGCAUCUCAUCCGAUGAUCUUAUGAAGUCAAGCGACAGCGAUACUGAAGACGAAAGCGAUGUAGAUAUAGUCGGCGAAUCAAAGGGUUAUAUUUCAUAAUACAAUAAACAAAGGAGUUUAUUAUAAAAAAAUAUAUACAUACAAAACAGGGUAUUACUAUUGUAAUUAAAUUGGGUUAAUUAAUUCCAAAGUUUUUCUCCAAAUGCGAACAUUCGAUUAAGAUUAGGCUACUUUGUCGAAAAAAAAACAAUAUUAUUAGCAUUUAACAAUAAUAAUUUAAUAUGGUCUCAUCUCUAUAGUAAAAAAAACUUUUAUGUAGAAUCUUCAACGAAUGGCGAAACAAUCAGAACAAAAACGUGAAAUCCCAACACUUGUUUUUC